AUGAUUAAACAACAGCAACCACAGCAACUUAAGGCACAAACCAUUACAUACGCCAUAUAUGCAUAUAAUUCAAAGACGGCAGAACAAACGCAAAGGUUGAAAUAUGGAGAUUUGGAGAUAGUAUUGAAAAAUGACCAUUUCGAAUUCGUUUGCAAAGGUGGUGCGGUGAUAUCAAAUAUAAAAGAAAUUUUAUUUAUGAAUUCUAAAAUUAAAGGUAUAACGGAUGAUAUAACAUCAAUUCCACCAGAAGAACAGAGAUAUUACGCAUUAAAUGCAUUUCCUAAAGUUUUGAAGAUUGGAAGAUUUAAUUUAAAUGAGGAAUUCAUAAAAGGUUUCCUAAAUGACAUAAUGGAGAAAGCAGAUAAGGAAUACGUGGAUAGUGAGUUAAUGAAGAAAGCAGAUAAGGGACUUGUGGUUAGUGAAUUAAUGAAGAAAGCAGAUAAUGAAUAUGUUAAUGAAAAAGAUAAUGAAAUUAUAGAAAGGGUUGAAUGGUAUCAUGGACGGACAUCGAAGAUUCUUAAAACUAAAGCUGAUACAGGAUGGGUUUCAGAAUGUUUAGACCUUAAAGCAGAUAAAACUUAUGUUAACAAUGAGUUAAUGAAGAAGGCAGAUAAGAACCAUACACAUACAAGUUUUACAACUGUUGCUAUAGAAAGUAUUGAAGGAACGGUUGAAGAAACUGGUGGGGAUGUAUUAUAUUGUAAACCUCCUAACUUUCCACAAGGUUUAACAUCGGAUGACAACAUAACGACGAUGAGAAACAUUAGAUGUAAAGAUGUUUAUGUCAUGAAGGAUGAACAUAAUAUUAAAUUC